AUGUACCUGAAAACGCAUACAUAUGAUGCUUUUAGAAGACAUGCCAACACAUACCUUCAACCUGCUAUCAUCCACAAGUGGAAUGAAGAGCAAAAUUUGAAGCUACAAAACUUGACGCAGCACGACAGUGUCAUUCUUGGUGGUGACAUGCGAGCAGACUCGCCAGGACAUUCUGCGAAGUAUGGGAGCUACACCAUGAUGGACUUGCAGACCAACAACAUUGUAGAUAUACAGCUGGUACAGAGUAAUGAGGUAGGGGGAAGCUACCAUAUGGAAAAGGAGGGCCUUAGAAGAAGUUUGAAUCACCUAUCAGAAAGCGGUGUAACGUUGGACUGCAUUGUCACUGACCGUCACCCCCAAAUACAAAAGUUCCUGAAGGAUCGUGAAAUCAAACACUAUUAUGACGUCUGGCAUAUGGCUAAAGGGUUGUCAAAGAAGGUGGAGAAAAUUUCUAGAGAGAAAGACUGCAGUUUGGUGAAGAAGUGGCAUAAGAGUAUCAUCAAUCACCUGUACUGGUCUGCCACUAGCUCUGCUUCAGGACCAGAGAAGUUAGCCAAAUGGACCUCUAUCAUCAACCACAUUCAAGACAUUCACACACAUUCUGACCCAGCCUUCCCUAGGUGUAAACAUGCACAAAGAUUGUCUAAGGACCGUAGAAAGUGGUUUCAACCAGGUUCAAGAGCACUAAAUAGGCUACAGAAUGUGCUGAUUAACAAAAGAGUCCUUUCAGAUGUGGAAAAGCUGAGCCCACAUUACCAGACAUCAACUGUAGAGUCAUUUCACAAAGUCAUCUUACACUUUGCACCCAAAAAUGUUGUAUUCCCCUUCAUCGGAAUGCUAUGCAGGUUAGAUCUUGCAGCAAUGCACUUUAAUGAGAAUGCUGUAUGGCCACAACUGAGAACAUCUAAAGGGAAACUUGUGUACAAGCUUCUCUUUCCAAAGGCCAAAAAGGGAGGACACACUGUCAAACCAGUAAAGACAGAGCCAACAUUUUGCUAUGUCACCAGCUUGAUGGACAGUGUUUUUGAAGAGGCUGUCUGUGAUCCCCUUCCAUUUCUGGAUGCCCUACAGCAGAUUCCUGUGCCUCCGUACCGGUCUGCUCAGCAUGACAGACCUUCCAUGGAGGAAGCUGUUGCGGAGCAUGUGUCACGUUUCAGUCAAGGGGGGGUCUGAACCUGACAUAUUGCCCUGCAGCAUUAGGGAACUCCCUUCGUAUGCGCAGCACCACACAUGAGGGAAUGACAACACGUACACUACGUCCAAGGAAACCCCAGCACCAGCUGACAAACCACCUGUAGGCCAAAUAUCUGCACUGCCUGCAGUAAGGGAGAGAGAGAGAGAGAGAGAAGACAGCACAUUGUUUUUUUUGUAUUUACU